AUGUUUCCCAUCGCAAGAGCUCAAUCUGGCUUUCCCGUCCACCCUAGGCUGAAAAUGCCACCGUUGUCGACCGCCAUCACCCCUUUGUUGAGAUCACUCUCGACCGUACAAACCCCAAUGCCAAACUCUCGAGAUGAAGAGCGGCCACUUCCCACAAGUGGGUUCCAAAUUAUCGAUGCCGAUCACCUGGUUGAAGAGGAAGAGCUGCCUGAUUACAAGGAAGACCGAUUCUAUCCAGUUCGACUGGGUGAGAUUUUCCAAGACCGCUAUCAAGUAAUUGCCAAGUUCGGUUUUGGUAGUUCAUCCACCUCCUGGCUAGCUCGGGAUCUGAGGCAAGGGGGCACGAGUUGUCCAUAUGAGAAUGCUCGGCUGACUUUUAUAGGGAUCAUCAUUUACGAUCACAUCUCGCGCCGAAUGGGCGAUACGUCCCAUCGAGGACGAGGCAAUAUCCGAAGAUUGCUAGACUCUUUUCAGAUCACUGGCCCAGAUGGCAAGCAUAUCGUCCUUGUCUUCGAAGCUGCCCAGAUGAGCCUACGUGACAUGAAGCUGGUGUUCCGGCGGGAUGGGUUUGAUGAAGACCUUGUAAAGGGAGCAAUUAUCGAGCUUCUCGAGGCGUUGGACUUUCUCCAUACCUAUGGAGAGAUUGUCCAUACUGAUGUACACCCAGGCAACAUGCUCCUUGGCACCAACAAUAACAAUUUAUUUCAAAAACUUAAACAAAAGGAAUUUUCAUCUCCUGUGCCUCGCAAGCCAGUCUCACCUUCUCGGACCAUCUAUCUCUCACGCCUAAUACUGCCCAAGGAAGGUCCAAUGUUGCUCUCUGACUUUGGGGAGGCCAGAAUCGGUUCAGGGCCACAUGGUGGCGAUAUCAUGCCCUUGGAGUACCGGGCUCCUGAAACAUUGCUUUAUAUGGGGUGGAGCUACCCCGUUGAUAUCUGGAGCGUUGGUCUGACGGCCUGGGACCUCCUGGAGCCAAAGAGACUCUUCACAGCGCGCGACGAAGAUGGCGAGCUUUAUGACGCUGCCCACCUCGCCCAGUUGAUUGCUGCUUUAGGGCCACCACCUCCAGAAUUCCUGGCUAAGAACCCGGAAAGGAGAGCAGACUUUUGGGAUGAGCAAGGGAAAUGGUUGGGCCUUGCGUCUAUUCCGAAGGGUCGGACAAUGGAAGCCCUUGAAACCAGAUUGGAAGACAAGUCUGGCUUCCUCCGAUUCAUCCGCAGAGCUCUGACCUGGAUGCCUGAGGAGAGACCAACAGCCAAAGAACUCUUGGAAGACCCUUGGCUGACAGACGAGAAAGCUUAA